CGGCGCGUGACGCGGGGCGCGCGGCUCCGUCGGCUACCGCGGGCGGGCGCAGGCGACGGGCACGGCGGGCGAGCGGGCGGUAUGGCGGCGGCGGGGCCCGCGGCGGGGCCGACGGGGCCCGAGCCCAUGCCGAGCUACGCGCAGCUAGUGCAGCGUGGCUGGGGCAGCGCGCUGGCGGCGGCGCGGGGCUGCACGGACUGCGGCUGGGGGCUGGCGCGUCGCGGCCUGGCUGAGCACGCGCACCUGGCGCCGCCCGAGCUGCUGCUGCUGGCGCUCGGCGCGCUGGGCUGGACCGCGCUGCGCUCCGCCGCCACUGCGCGCUUCUUUCGGCCCCUGGCGAAGCAGUGCCGCCUCCAGCCCAGAGAUGCCGCCAAGAUGCCCGAGAGUGCUUGGAAGUUUCUCUUCUACCUGGGCAGCUGGAGCUACAGUGCCUACCUGCUGUUUGGCACCGACUACCCCUUCUUCCAUGACCCACCAUCUGUCUUCUACGACUGGACACCGGGCAUGGCGGUGCCACAGGACAUUGCGGCCGCCUACCUGCUCCAGGGAAGCUUCUACGGCCACUCCAUCUACGCUACACUAUACAUGGACACCUGGCGCAAGGACUCGGUGGUCAUGCUGCUCCACCAUGUGGUCACUCUCAUCCUCAUCAUCUCCUCCUACGCCUUCAGGUACCACAAUGUGGGCAUCCUUGUGCUCUUCCUGCACGAUAUCAGUGACGUGCAGCUUGAGUUCACCAAGCUCAACAUUUACUUCAAGUCCCGCGGCGGCUCCUACCAUCGGCUGCAUGCCUUGGCAGCAGACCUGGGCUGCCUCAGCUUCGGCUUCAGCUGGUUCUGGUUCCGCCUCUACUGGUUCCCGCUCAAGGUCCUGUAUGCCACCAGUCACUGCAGUCUGCGCGCGGUGCCUGACAUCCCCUUCUACUUCUUCUUCAAUGCGCUCCUGCUGCUGCUCACCCUUAUGAACCUCUACUGGUUCCUGUACAUCGUGGCGUUUGCAGCCAAGGUGUUGACAGGCCAGGUGCGCGAGCUGAAGGACCUGCGGGAGUACGACACAGCCGAGGCCCAGAGCCUGAAGCCCAUCAAAGCCGAGAAGCCACUGAGGAACGGCCUGGUGAAGGACAAGCGCUUCUGAACCCCUCGGCCCCGCCCCCGUGGACCCGGCCCCACCCCGAAUACCCCGGCCACGCCCCCCGUCCCUGACGCCCCUCCACACCCUCCAACUUCGCUCCUCUAGGGCCGCUGCCACCUCCCCUGGGACCCCCGCCCCCUCAUCCUGCCUCCAUUUCCCGGCCACGCCCCCCAGGACCCCUGCCCCUCCGGGGACACCGGCCCCGCCCUCAGCCCACUGGUCCCGGGCCGCGGCUGACCCUGCGCACUCUGGUCAUCGCCUGGGAGGAAGAUGCCACCGCCGCGGCAAGGUCACUGCGGCCACCACCUCCUCCUCCUCCUGGCCCUGCUGCUGCCCUCGCUGCCCCCGACCCGCGCCCCCGUGCCCCCAGGCCCAGCCGCCGCCCUGCUCCAGGCUCUCGGGCUGCGCGAUGCGCCCCAGGGUGCCCCCAGGCUCCGGCCGGUUCCUCCGGUCAUGUGGCGCCUGUUUCGACGCCGGGACCCCCAGGAGACCAGGUCUGGUUCGCGGCGGACGUCCCCAGGGGUCACCCUGCAACCGUGCCACAUGGAGGAGCUGGGGGUCGCCGGAAACAUCGUGCGCCACAUCCCGGACCGCGGUGCGCCCACCCGGGCCUCGGAGCUUGCCUCGGCCGCGGGGCAUUGCCCUGGGUGGACAGUCGUCUUCGACCUGUCGGCUGUGGAACCCGCUGAGCGCCCGAGCCGGGCCCGCCUGGAGCUGCGUUUCGCGGCGGCGGCGGCGGCGGCCCCGGAAGGCGGCUGGGAGCUGAGCGUGGCGCAGGCGGUCCAGGGCGCGGGCGCGGGCGCGGACCCCGGGCCGGUGCUGCUCCGCCAGUUGGUGCCCGCCCUGGGGCCGCCAGUGCGCGCGGAGCUGCUGGGCGCCGCUUGGGCUCGAAACGCCUCAUGGCCGCGCAGCCUCCGCCUGGCGCUGGCGCUGCGCCCCCGGGCCCCUGCCGCCUGCGCGCGCCUGGCCGAGGCCUCGCUGCUGCUGGUGACCCUCGACCCGCGCCUGUGCCACCCCCUGGCCCGGCCGCGGCGCGACGCCGAACCCGUGUUGGGCGGCGGCCCCGGGGGCGCUUGUCGCGCACGGCGGCUGUACGUGAGCUUCCGCGAGGUGGGCUGGCACCGCUGGGUCAUCGCGCCGCGCGGCUUCCUAGCCAACUACUGCCAGGGUCAGUGCGCGCUGCCCGUCGCGUUGUCGGGGUCCGGGGGGCCGCCGGCGCUCAACCACGCUGUGCUGCGCGCGCUCAUGCACGCGGCCGCCCCGGGAGCCGCCGACUUGCCCUGCUGCGUGCCUGCGCGCCUGUCGCCCAUCUCCGUGCUCUUCUUUGACAACAGCGACAACGUGGUGCUGCGGCAGUAUGAGGACAUGGUGGUGGACGAGUGCGGCUGCCGCUAACCCGGGGCGGGCGGGGACGCGGGCCCAACAAUAAAUGCCGCGUGGUCUGCUC